CGUGGAGCAAAAUGAGAGCGCAGUGAGCCAGCUCAGCCUCUCCCCAGCCAUCCCCCGACGCCCACCAUGAACCACUUGGAGGGCUCUGCGGAGGUGGAGGUGCCCGACGAGGCGCCAGGAGGGGAGGUGAACGAGUCCGUGGAGGCCGACCUGGAGCACCCCGACGUGGAGGAGGAGCAGCAGGCGCCCCCGCAGGCCGCAGGCCGCCACGGUGCGCUCGAUGACCCCCGUGCGCAGCUGGCUCGGCAGCAGCAGGAGGAGGAGGAGCGCGGGGAGAGCCUGGCCGAGUUCGCGCCCUACCCGCGCAUGGACAGUUACGAGCAGGAAGAGGACAUCGACCAGAUCGUGGCCGAAGUCAAGCAGAGCAUGAGUUCGCAGAGCCUCGACAAGGCGGCGGAAGACAUGCCCGAGGCCGAGCAGGACCUGGAGCGUGCCCCGACCCCAGGAGGAGGACACCCCGACAGCCCCGGGCUGCCAGCACCUGCCGGCCAGGAACGGCAACGGGUCAUGGGACCAGCAACGGGUGGCGGUGAGGCUGGGCAGCGGUACAGUAAGGAGAAGAGAGACGCCAUCUCGCUGGCCAUCAAGGACAUCAAGGAGGCCAUCGAAGAAGUGAAAACCCGGACCAUCCGUUCGCCUUACACCCCCGACGAACCCAAAGAGCCCAUCUGGGUCAUGCGCCAGGACAUUAGCCCCACGAGGGAUUGUGACGACCAGAGGCCCAUGGACGGAGAUUCUCCUUCUCCGGGCAGUUCCUCACCCCUGGGUGCUGAGUCAUCAAGCAUAGCCCUUCAUCCCGGUGACCCCACGGAAGCUUCCACAAAUAAAGAGUCAAGAAAAAGCUUGGCUUCAUUCCCAACCUACGUUGAAGUUCCUGGCCCUUGUGAUCCUGAAGACUUGAUUGAUGGAAUUAUUUUUGCUGCCAAUUACCUUGGCUCCACUCAGCUGCUCUCAGACAAAACUCCCUCCAAAAAUGUACGCAUGAUGCAGGCCCAGGAAGCAGUAAGCCGGAUCAAGACGGCCCAGAAAUUAGCCAAAAGCAGGAAGAAGGCUCCUGAAGGUGAAUCUCAGCCCAUGACUGAGGUGGAUCUCUUCAUUUCUACCCAGAGGAUCAAAGUGUUGAAUGCAGAUACACAGGAGCCUAUGAUGGAUCACCCUCUGAGGACUAUUUCCUACAUCGCAGACAUUGGCAACAUUGUCGUGCUGAUGGCCCGCAGACGGAUGCCUCGCUCCAACUCCCAGGAGAAUGUGGAGGCCUCUCACCCAUCCCAGGAUGGAAAAAGACAGUACAAGAUGAUCUGCCAUGUCUUUGAGUCUGAGGACGCCCAGCUGAUCGCACAGUCCAUAGGACAGGCAUUCAGUGUGGCGUACCAGGAAUUCCUCAGGGCCAAUGGGAUCAACCCAGAAGACCUCAGCCAGAAGGAGUACAGUGACCUGCUCAACACCCAGGACAUGUACAACGAUGACCUGAUCCACUUCUCCAAGUCGGAAAACUGCAAAGAUGUUUUCAUAGAGAAACAGAAAGGAGAAAUCCUGGGAGUUGUGAUUGUAGAGUCUGGCUGGGGAUCCAUUCUACCGACUGUGAUCAUUGCCAACAUGAUGCAUGGAGGCCCCGCAGAGAAGUCAGGGAAGCUGAACAUUGGGGACCAGAUCAUGUCCAUUAAUGGCACCAGCCUGGUGGGCCUGCCUCUGUCUACCUGCCAGAGCAUUAUCAAGGGCUUAAAGAACCAGUCCCGAGUAAAGCUGAACAUUGUGAGGUGCCCUCCGGUGACCACAGUGCUAAUAAGAAGACCAGACCUUCGUUACCAACUGGGAUUCAGUGUCCAGAAUGGAAUUAUCUGCAGCCUCAUGAGAGGGGGAAUCGCUGAGAGAGGAGGGGUCCGCGUGGGACAUCGGAUCAUUGAAAUCAAUGGCCAGAGUGUCGUAGCCACACCACAUGAGAAGAUCGUCCACAUCCUCUCCAAUGCUGUUGGGGAGAUCCACAUGAAGACGAUGCCAGCAGCCAUGUACAGACUGCUGACAGCCCAGGAGCAGCCUGUUUACAUCUGAGCCCCACCUCCGUGGCGGCAGCGUGCAUGGAGGACUCUCCUCACCGUGGUUGUGUUUCUUGUGCUGCUGCAUUGUGUGUCCACUGAGACAUUCCCCUCUCGCACCCAGCGUUUGGUCUUACACGGGAAGAGAAGGAUGGGCAAACACCUCUUUGCUCUCUGUCUCUCUCCAGUUUGCUUUUUUUAAUGUUCCGUCCUUAGUACCAGGGGAAGUUUUGUGUGUGCCCCCUUGAGCGUGGAGGACAGCAUAAUUAAUAUCUACCUGGGAUCAUUGUGGAGGGUCUUUGGGAGUCCUGAAGUGGUUGUCACUGCCCAGGGGGCCAUCAUCCCAGGCACAUACUUCCCUGGAGUAGCUCCCAGAGGCAGCAAAGGAGCCGACUGCGCAGUGCCUAAAAUUCAAUUGCUGAUCUCCCGCCCUCCCUGCCACAUCUGAUGGGAAGAUAGUAGGGGCAGCCUGCUAUCUAGUUAGGGCUUCAUACAUUCCUUCUGCCUGGAAUUUCUGAGCCAGUUUUAAAUCUCUUCCACAGUUCCUUUUAGUUUCAGUGCGUGUGCUAAUACAGACCUAACUGCAGAGAAAGGGGAAGAAACACCCUGGAGAAGGCUGCUGUGACCCUGUAAAGAUCCUGGGAAGUCACAGGGCCUCUGAGACUUCCGAGAUUGUCACAAGGUUACCAAUCUGAGGGUAACCACAGGCAGGUACUAUCUUCCUGUGAGCUUGCACAAGCACUUACUACACACACACAUUCCCUGCAGGGUGUCUCAUUUGCUCUCUACCUGUAUUGAGGUAGGCUGGAAAUCUAGCACACAGCCUGUGGGGAACCCCCAGUGCCCCCCGCUGGAAGAUCCCUUCUAGCAGGUUGACACAUGCAGAAAGCGGCCAGCCUUGCCCUGAGAAAGAGGCCCUCCUGAUCCCAUAGCUCUAAGACUCCCCCACCCCACAUACACACUGGAGGUUCUUGAGGGACAAACUAUGAUAAGGGUAACCUAGUGUCAUGCGUCCUGCCCCAAGGCUAAGCCAGCCUGGGCCCUUUCACAGCCACUCAGGAGGAUGUGGUAUUUCAAAGGCUAGAUAAACUAGAUAAGUCACCAAAUCAAGCAGACUUCAUGCUUGGUGUUGGGCCUAGGAAUCCCCAAAUGUGCUCCCCAAACAGCAUCUACUGUCUUCGAGGUCUGGGAGUUUGCAGCUAGUGUGGAAGGCUUAGUGUCUCCAUCGGGUGCCUCAUGUUCUGAACAACGUCUCAGUCUAGCACAUGUGCUUUCGUAUUAUUCUGAGCCAGUCCCCACUUAUUCUUGGUCCAAAGAGCAGUUUGUUUCCAUGUGGGACAUGGUGAGCUUUUGUUUUUGUUUUGUUUCAUUGAUGACCUCAGUAGAGACAGGGGAAGAAAAACUAAUAUAUUUUGUAAUAUGAAUAUAGUCCCUGUCCUCUGCAUCUAGGACAUUUAUGUUAUGGUGUCUGUGGAAGAUGGGCGUUCAGGGAGCCCUGACAGGGAGGAUGGAUUUGUGGAGGGAAGCGUGGGGUCUGGGGAAGGGAGAGAUGGGAAUAUAACAAGAUGAGGAACAAGAAGCUUCUGACCUCAUGAGUUGUCUGGGCAGAAUCAGGAAAGCCCCGUGCUUGCAAGAAUCUUCAGGGGAGCCCUCAGCUUUACUCUAGUACAAAAGUCCCAGUGAUGCCACCAGCUGUCUGAGAAGUGACAGGGCUGCUGCUGCUACAGAGCCGUGUGGGCAUUGGAAGCACAGGAGCCCAGCUAUCUGAACUUGUUUUUAAGGGUGUCCAACCAAAUGCUCCUGGGUGACCACGCCCCAGGUCAAACCCCUGCAAGUAUGAGGAGCAGAAGCUAUGCCCAGAUUUUCUUCGCCUCUCCUGAGCUAACUAAUCUGCUGGGUAUCCAAUAUAAUCACACACUGAAAAGUGCACUCCAGCUCUCCUCCCCCAAGACCGAUGGAGAGGACAAAAGAGAUAUCAUUGCUGGCAUUUCAGGCAUUGGGGAACUUGGAAAGUGUCUUGAGAGGCUUAUGCUUGUCCGAUCCAAGGAGGCCACCAUGGGGAUAUGCCCAAGCACAGGGACAGGAAGACAGCAGAGGCUGGCCUGGGACUGGUCAGGGACAGGCUCCACAAACACAUCACGCCCAGUCUAACCCCCAAAUAAUCACAAUGAAGUGUCUUCAUCCCAGGGAAAGAGGAAAGAGAAAAAUACUUUCUAUUCUUGUUGUACCGUGGAAGCUUUAAGAGGGCCUAAAAGCCAAGCUUUUCUUGUGAGCUCUUCUAGAGAAUUGUUGAGCGUGAUUGGAAGAUUACCUAGUCUUUUGUGUUAAUCAGAGUAGUUCCUCUCACCCAAAGGGAGAGCUGUCAGAGCCUGGUCCAGGCCUGUGGCUGAAGCCUGCUCUUCCUCAGUUGGCAUCAGGCUGAGUGGUUAAACUUGGGGUCGGUCUCCACUGGCAUCCUCAUUUACAUACUUACAUAUGUAAAUAUCUCAUCACCCCAGUGAGGAGGCCUACUAUGUACUCAGCAGACUUCCCCAAACUGCAAGGCGCAAAGCCACUCUGCCUGCUUAGUUGGGACAUGAUGUGACUCCUCUUUGGGGACAGGCUCCCAGAUUCACCAUCCCCCCAGUUCAAUGAGGUUGCACCACAACCCACGCUGCCUCUGCCUUCUCCAGCGGGAACAUUUCAGGGAGCUGCCAUCAGCCUUGAGUUCAUGAGAGGAAGAAAGCCCCACAGAUCAAUGGCUGGAGCCCACUUCCUGAGCGAUACCUUCCUCCCACACCACAGCAGGCUCCUGGGGGGUAGAGCACACAGCAGGCUGCCACCUCCCUGCACACGGGUUUGCUUUCUGAACAUUGGCCUUCAGGGAGUCCAGAGUAACCUACUACCUCCCCCAUUGCUCCCCAUCCCUCCCUCCUGCAGCCCCACCCACACCUAUGCUCCCUGCUGCACACUGAUGAAAACCCACCCACAGAGCCCUGCUCAGGUCUCUCCACCCACUGGUGUAGCUGUCACCAAUGUUUACAACCAAGGGCCACCUCUUGCUAAUGUUUUAACUCUCACCUUCACAAGGCUACCUGUUGGUUUGCGUUUCACCUCCGUCUGCUCCUUCCCUGGUUAGGGUCCACUUGAGCACACAACUCUGAUUUCAUUUUCCCUCCACCAAGGCAGUGUGUGAUGACCGUGUGGGAAUGAAAUCUCUUGUACAUACUUAGCACAGCACCUGGAGUAUGAACUCGCACCCCAUUCUGUAACGGGGUGCAUUAGCGCUUACUGUAAAACAUCGGGAAAAGUAUAGUAUUGUAUUUGUAACAAUAUCGUUCUUUGUAUACACGAAACUCAAUGAUCUCUAUAUAUAAAUAUAAAUAUAUAUAAAUAAAAUAUAUCUACACGUGAGCCUGGAAUGUUGACACUGCACACACACUGAAUGUAUUUCCUCUGACAGUCUGGUCACCAGUCCUGGCCCACCCUCACCUUCUUUGUGCCGUGGCUGCAGUUGUCUGGUUUGGGGUUGUGAUGUAUUUAAUGUGCUAUCUCCUUAUUUAACUGAACGCUAAUGUCUGUAUAAGAAUUGCUGCAACAAUAAACAAGGACUUCGCCUCUUA